GCUAGUGCGGAAGUGGGUUACAAUUUAGUUUCGUUGUCAUGCCGUAACUGUUUCCCGAACAUAACAGUUCGUUGGGUUUUUUUUCUUAAAGUAGACGCAGGUUUUGUCCGCCUCCCCAGGUACCGGACCGGGUAGAGAUGGCGGAGCAGAGCCAGGGCCCGGUGGCCCGGACGGUCCUGCAGCAGUGCCUUUCGGCGAGGCUGCAGGUGGAGCCGGGGGAGGGCGGCGCGGAGCCCCGCUUCGUGCAGAUCGACAGAGGGAUGGUGAUCUACGUCUGCUUCUUCAAAGGAGCAACAGAGGACAUUCUCCCCAGGAUGGUGUCCACGCUGCUGAACCUGCGUCUGUGCGAGUCGUCCCAGGGGAAGAUGGUGUCGGUGCUGGAGCUCCCCGGCAGCGUCCUGGUCGUCCCUCAGGCCACGCUCGGGGGCAAGGCCAAGGGCCGGGGCAUGCAGUACCACGGGAACAUCGGCAAGGAGGACGGGCAGCGUCUCUACGCCGCCUUCGUGUCCCGGUGUGAGCAGGAGCUGAGGGCCGCCGGCUCGGAGCUGCCGCUGGAACACGGGACCUACGGAAACAGACAAGUGCUGAAGCUGGACACCAACGGACCCUACACCCACCUGAUGGAGUUCUGAUGGAGUUCUGAUGCUGAUGGAGUUCUGAUGGAGUUCUGAUGGAGUUCUGAUGCUGCUGCUCUCACUGACCUUAUUGUGCUUGUCUCCUUUCUUUUAUAUUGGCCACGGUUACAUGAUGUUUUUUAAUUCUGAAAUAAAUAAUUCCAAAUUAAACUAUUUUC